AGCUUCUUUCCUCCUCCAUGAAGAAUGGAACAGACUCUCUCUGCAGGAAAAACUCAACCCCACUCGCUCGCUCCCUCACUCACUCACUCACUCACUCACUCUGUCUGCUGUUUCUCAUUCGUGUCCCACGCUCUCUUGCUCUUGUUCUCGCUCUCGCUCUCACUCGUCGUCGCUACGCCUGCCCUUCCCCCUCCCCCUCCCGUGUCUAUCCCGCAAUCCUUAGCGCUUCCUCCCUUCUCGCCACACCCCCUCUUUUUCUUUCUCUUUCUCUCUCUACUUCCUGCUUCCGCUCUUCCGUUUCUUCUCAUCUGCUCUCUUCCCUCUUCGAUGCCAUGCUGCUUGCCCGCGUCUUUUCGGUUGGAAGUGAAGAAUGAUGCCGCAGUUUGGGGUUUGAGGCUGGUUUCGGUGGUGGCUGCUUAGUAUUCAAGGAUGAUUGUGGGUGAUGCCGCCAGGGGAUGGUUUCUUUCGAGGAAGAGGGGAGGUGUAGAUCGGUGCAGGGUUAUGCAGCAAGAAUAUAUUCGAUUUGGGCCGCGUGAUGCAAUGCUUGAGGAUAGGUAGAACACGAAGCGGGGGAUGUGACCUUUGAUUGCGUGCAGGAGCGGGUGACGUUCUGAUGGGCGAGGACGGAGGAAUUGCAGAGUGCGCGGAGUGGAAGGAAUAAUCGGCGCGGAUAUUGGGAGUUGGCAACCCUAAGAGAGGUUGAAGCGGCAAUUUGUGUGGGUGAUGACGAAGCAGUGACGGCACGAAGAUGGUGCAUGCGCGGUGCGCAUGCAAAUGACACAGAUCAUCGGAGGAGCAGCUGAUGACAUGUCCAACAAGCGGCGGCGCAAUGUCAAUGUGGCGGUGGACGAUCAGGAGCAGCAGCAGGCUGUUGUAUAUAAGAAAGCCAGGAUAACAUCGUCGCCGACAUCGUCGGCGGCGUCCACUUGUGGUGCACCGGCGGUGCCGGCUACAGAAUCAGGUGUUGAAAGUGACGCGGGUCGCGAUGCGCAUUGGACAAGUCUUCCAGAUGAAACCGUGCUUGGGUUGUUUAAUCUGCUGAACCACAGGGACAGGGCGAGCCUUGCGUCCGUGUGCAAGGGAUGGCAGGUGCUGGGGAGCUCGCCAUCGCUGUGGAAUUCGCUGGAUCUUCGGUCGCACUCGUUGAAUUCGGAGAUGGUGUCUGCGCUGGCAGGACGAUGCUCGAAUUUGGAGGCGCUGAAGUUCCGCAGAGGUGCCUCUGCGAGCUCAAUUGUGGGGUUGCAGGCGAAGGGGCUUAGGGAGCUGAGCGGCGAUUGCUGCAGCCAGCUGUCGGAUGCAACCCUGUCCAUGGUGGUCGCCCGGCAUGCGAACCUGGAGAGCUUGCUGCUGGGUUCGGAUUGCGAGAGAGUGACGAGCGAGGCAUUGAAGGUGAUUGCAGUGUGUUGUCCGAAAUUGCGACGGCUGUGCGUGUCGGGCGUCCUAAAAGUGGAGAGAGACGCCAUCCAGGCGUUGUUCCAGCAUUGCAAGGGUCUGACGGAGCUGGGGUUCCUGGACAGUCACACCAUCGACGAAGGGGCGUUCGGGGGUGCGAGCAGCCUGCGAUUUUUGUCGGUAGCGGGAUGCAGGUGUAUAGUGUGGAGCACGGCGGCGCAUUGGUGGAGCAAAUUGCCGAACCUGGCAGGGCUGGAUGUUUCGCGGACAGAUAUCACUCCGACUGCGCUGAUGCAGGUCCUGGCAGGGCCCGAGCUGAGGGUGGUUUGCGCUCUGAACUGCCCUGUUCUGGAGGAGGGCAGCAACCCCGUGACACUGCCGUCGUCGAAGAAGACGGUGGUGCUGGCUCGGUUCACGGAUGUGAUGGAAGGGUUGGAUGCUUUGCUGAGCCCGAGCAAUUGGAAGGAGGAGGCAGGCUCGUGCGCGAGGUCGAGGUGCGGCGGGCGCGCGCGCGCGGAUUCGGAAGUGGCGAAGUGGACGGAGUGGAUGUUGUCGCAUGCGGUUUUGAAGAUCGCGGAGUGCAAUGCACCGAGUCUGCUGAAGCAGGGGAUCGCGAUGAUGCUUCGACUGGUUCAAAGCGCGCAGGAGGAUGUACAGGAGAGGGCUGCGUCGGCUUUGGCGACGUUUGUAGUGGUGGACGACGAGAACGCGACUGUAGAUUCUGCGCGGGCGGAAGCUGUGAUGAACGGGGGCGGGAUCGCGCUGCUGUUGGGGCUGGCGAAGUCUUGCCGCGAGGGGGUGCAGUCGGAAGCUGCGAAGGCCAUCGCAAAUUUGUCCGUGAACACGGAGGUUGCGAAAAGGGUUGCUUUGGAAGGAGGCAUCAGUAUCCUGGCUGGUUUGGCGAGGUCCCGGAACCGGUGGGUUGCUGAGGAGGCGGCCGGGGGUUUAUGGAAUCUGUCGGUGGGAGAGGAGCACAAGGUGAGGCGCUGUGGUUGGCAAUUGCGAUGA